AUGACCCGAGAUGGUCUCGCGACCAGCAGUAUUUGGAAGUGGGAAUUCAUCCAUGGUAUGGCUGACCCAAUGCGGGAUUUGGAUGAACGUGACGAGUCAGAGAAUGAUGCCAAUGAGCAAGAUCACAAUGAUCAACCUAGCGAAGAUGAAGAUAGUUUGUUGCGGGAUAUGCAGGAGGCUCCAGUCGACCACAUGGCCUUAUACAGUGAUGAAGACGAUGAAGACAGCGAUACUCACAUGGAUCACGACCAGGGGGAUUUUGACAGCCGGGUCUCGGAUGAUGAUACUCAUCACAAAGCCACAGACACUUUCGAUGUCCUUGAACGCCAUCAAAUGAAAAAUGGACGACGCAAAGCUCCCUCCCCGACUCAUUUAGCACGCACACGUUCUUCUCGCAAACACAGGUCCACCCGUCCACAUGAAGCUGGCUCGAAGUCUCGUCAGCAUCCAUCCAGUCAUGGAUCUCGUCGCCCCUCCCUCGAACGAGCAUGCACUUCUUCCUCUUCUGGGCGCUUGGCCCUUGGACGUGCGCCUCACAGAGCACCAUCUGAAAAAACCGCAUCGACCCGUGUGCGGCCAGAGCGUCCACCUGCACACCUCUCUGUUACUCGUUCAAAGUCCCCUCAACGCUUACCUUGUUCUUCCUCCCGCAAACUGUCUCCUCGUCGGCGCUCUCCAACUCAGUCUAUGGUUUCUUCCAGUCACAAACUGCCCUCCUCUCAUGGAUGGUCUUUGUCACAGUCUCUGCCCAGGCAUUCUGCUCAGCCAGAUUGGACACCUUCUCCCGCUCCUAGUUCAAGCCGAUCUCACUCUUGUAGUGCCUCACCUGUUCAACACAGCAAAUCUGGAGACGGUGUGCGGUGCGCCAACCAACAAGGUAACCCCUCAAAGCUCAGCUUCUAUCCAGCAUCUUGGCAAGCUUUCCUGCAGGCAGCAAAGUUGGAAAUGCGGUUGCAGGCAGUUUUAUUGCAUCCUCUUCCAGUUCAUCAGGAUGCGGUAGUACUGGCACAAGAGGUUUUGAGUGCUGUAUUAUGGACAUACCACACGAAGAAGGUGAAGCUUGACAAAGGUUAUUUCCCGGAGUAUAAAGUGCCGAUGUCGCGACUACUCUGUGACGACCUGUUCACCUUUCGUAUGGAACUCAAAAAAAUCAUGAUAUCUAUCGUGAAGCAAUUAUACGGCAUAUUCUCGAAGGGCAACUCAAUGCACAAGGAGCGCAUCAGUGCAGCAGCAGCUAAGCUCCUUAAGACCGGUGAAUAUCUUCAGCUCCCCGACUCUUCUGAGGGAAAAUAUACCAAUUUUGUGUCACAGGUUCUCAAGGAAGCCUGCCUUAGUUUUUACUACGGCAACAGUAAAAAAGCGCUCAAGCUAACUGACGAAUUUCAACACCAAAUUCCUGUCAACAGCCUUAUUCUGGUGGCCGUGGUUGCGAAGGAUGUUCUCUCCGGCUUCCGUGACAGUGGUACUGACAAGGUGCCUGACCUUACCGCUGAUACGUGCAGGGCUGAAUUCAACAUACUGCGAAAGUCUGUCGACAAAUUGAUGGACAUUCCCGAACGUCGUGUGGAGCUUGAAGAGAUGCUGAGGGAAUGGGCCGAGGAGGGGAUGAUAGGUGAACUUUGCAAUGACUCAGACAGUGCAGCGGGCAGCGAGGAUAUCAAUAUCAUCAUUUAG